AUUGGCUCGAAUAUAGGUUGUACCUUUUAGAUUUUGAGAAAGUUAACUAAGGAAGAAUUCUUCACGUCUCUCAUUGACUUCUCAACACUGGUCUGUUCCCGGAAGUAUCGCGAUGUUGCGCCUCUGGGUUUAGAAACUCUGUGCUAAAAGCAUCUAACACUACGGAACCAGGGAAGAAAAAGAAGAGAGGAGAGAAAGGGAAGCGAACGCGCAAAUACAUGCAUACAAUGAUAGCAGAAAUUGGUGCCGCCGACAAUCCCAAGGCCAGCUCCAACUAUCCCCAUCCCCAAGCAGCUGUGAUCUGCCCGGACUCACCGGUUUCAUCCGCCCCGGACUACGGCGUCGGACAGCUGUUCAUACGUAGCGCCUCGUCCAGGAGGGACACACAGACGUCCGCGGGGAGUAUCAACCCAGACGAGAGCUCCAUCAAGCAGCUGGUAUCCGGAGUAUCCUCCGCUAUUACAGACACCUAUAUCAUGACCUCUGAGGAAUUCAUGCAGACCGCUCCCCUGUUCGGCCAGAGGUCCAAGAGAAACGUUCUCUACAAGAUCCUGUGUUUCCUCAUUCUGAUAUUCCAAGGAGGCAUUCUAGAUUUCUACCUCAUUAUCUUCACUGAUCUGUACUGGUGCUCGUGGAUCGCCACCGACCUGGUGGUGAUUUCUGGCUGGGGGAUCUUCUUCAUGAAGAACGCCAGGAGCAAGAGAGAGCGGGCGUGUGGGUUCCACCAAAAGAGCUCUAUAUUCGGCUGUAACCUCGGCGAGUUUACCUACGCCUACCUGGCCUGGUUAAUCUACGUGAUCGCCUGCACCCCUAAAAUGGUCCUCAUUCUAGAGACUUCGAUAUUAGAUCUCAUCGCGCUCAAAGUUCCAUUCGGUGUAACUGGAUUUAAGAUUAUCAUGUUGCUCUCGGUCCCGUUACUCUACUGUCUCAUCAAUUCUAUCACCGAGGACCAGAACGGAGCUACGCGCCACCGGUCCCAGAGCUGCUUCAUGACCACCUGUCUGGACCUCGUAGACAGCUUUACCCUGGUGGAGUUGUUUCUGAGGAACGAAAUACCGACGGUCUAUUUAAAAUACACGGUCAUCUCGGUGUAUUUCAUCGCCCUGGGCGUCCCGGUGGUGUGGUUAUACGAGUUGACAGCCUCUGAGAUGCGGUGUCGCUGGGUCUGGGCUAGGUUCCUGGUCGGUGUGCUGGUCAACGCUCCUCUUCUGGUGGUCCGGUGCUUCCAGGUGUAUGUUCACAAGAUGCCCGUCCCAGUGUUCAUGUUGAAGAAUAUGUUCUUCCUGGUCUGUAAGUGUCUAGAGCUGAUGGAACAGUGCUUCACAGUGCGGGGAGUCAGGAGGUUCGGUGAGGGAAGUAACCCGGCGCAGUUCUCUCACUGUGUCUCGGAGAACGAUAUGUGUCCCCAUGGAUAUGUUAACACCCUGGCCGUUACCACGCAGUCAUAGGCCCGGCUUGGAUCUCACCCUGGCCGUCACUACCUAGACCUAAAACGGCCUGGAUUUUAUUUUAUCCCCCUGGAGGGUGGAAGGCACAUGAGUGAUUGAAGAAUUUUGAGGGCCAGGACAGGGAUACGCCCUAAAACGGCACCCUAUACCCUAUAUAGUGCACUACUUUUGACCAGUGCUCAUAGGGUUCUGAUCAAAAGGAGUGCACUAUAUAGGAUUUAGGGUGCCAAUGAGGAUGCACCCCCACAGGUGUCAAUCAACGACAGCCUUAUUGACGAUUUUGUCAUUUAUUCAGAUGUCAGAAGAACAUUUGAUUACAACAGGUGCUACAGAAUCAUUAUGCAUCAACUACACCUGCUUAAGACCUGGCCGACCUGGCAGACCUGGCAACCUGGAAGACCUGGCCAACCUGGUAGACCUGACAACCUGGCAGACCUGGCAACCUGGAAGACCUGGCAACCUGGAAGACCUGGCAACCUGGCAGACCUGGCCGACCAGGGCACUGGCCAGACAGAUUCCUCUAAUGCGUUGUCGGGGGUAUGGUUGUGAAGUAGUAGUGGUGGUUGAUUAGUGGGGGUUUGUGAAUUGAAAUCAUUGACUUGUGCUUGUAUUGUUGGGGGGACUUUUAGAAGAGUGAGAAUCGUCUCGUUGAUUUGAUUUGUUUGAACGAGUUUGACAAAAGUGCAAGAAAGAUUGUCGUUUUGAAACUGAAUCUUGGAAAUGGUGUGGAUGUAAAGUCAUGUUUUACAUUGGUCAAUUCUUGUCUCCCAAUCUGUGAACCUUCCAGAUAGCGUUUCCUGAUCAAUGAAUAGAUGGAAACCUUGUGCUCAUUUAGAUGCCUAAUUACUGUGGAAUUGUGAUAUAUACUUAAUGAUUCCAAUGUUUAAUCAUGUCCUCUCAUUUCCUAAACUAUUUGGGGGGAAUAUUUCAUGUUAUCAAUAUAUAUCAGUUGGUAUUUCUUAAGGAUUUGACAUCACUAUGUGUAUUUUACUGUAUGAUAUGAAGUACCACAACAAUAUGUCAUGAUGAUGAGACACGGAGCAGACAGCUAUAGAGCGACCUCUACUAUUACUCUGUCUCUCUCUCUGUCUGUCUGUCUCUCUCUCUCUCGCUCUCUCUCUCUGUCUCUUUGUCUGUCUGUCUCUCUUUGUCUGUCUGUCUCUCUCUGUCUCUCUUGCUCU